GUUAGAUUUGUUUUAUUGACAUUUUGAUAAUCAUCAUCGAGUAAUUCACAAUGAUUGUGUAGCGGUUACGAGUUAGUAAUAAUAAUUAUAUUACCAGAUUUACCAGUCACAUGUGAUGAUUUCUGAAUAUAUUCCUUCAUAGCGUUAAAAAUAUGAGUUUUUCGUUGAUUAUAAAGUUUAGUGUUUGCUUGAUCGGGCUCUGUUUUUUGGUAAAUUCAACCAAGGCUAGGACAAUAACAAAAGAGUCUACGAUUGAGGAAGGAAAAACUGCAUUUACCUUGAAAGAAUGUUUGGAUGGCACUUUUAAAGCUUCCGGAUGGAAUGGAACUUGGUUAACUGAAAGCAGUUUCCUGUUUAAAAAUUCUGAUGGAGAUUAUUAUUCAUUUGAUGUUACAACAAAAAAUGCAGAAUUAUUUCUGCAAGGAUCUAUUCUGGAUGACUAUAGAGAAGCAUCUAUAACCAUAUCUCCGGAUCAAUCUUAUGUACUGAUUCGUUACAAUGUGUCAUCUGUUUUUCGACAUUCAACAACUGCCAUUUAUGCUGUUUAUGACAUAGGAAAUAAAAAAUACUAUGAUGUCAAUAAUAAAAUAGCCGUCCAGUUAGCCACAUUUGACACCACUGGUCAUGGAUUUGCGUAUGUAUAUUUAAAUAAUAUUUAUUAUCUGCCAAGCGUCUUGGAAACUGAAAACCCUAUCAAAGUAACAGAAGACGGCAUUGAAGGUGUUAUUUAUAAUGGCGCACCAGAUUGGGUAUAUGAAGAGGAAGUGUUAGGUACUGGAUCUGCUCUUUGGUUCUCGCCCGAUGGAAAACAUUUAGCUUACGUAAAAUUUAAUGAUACAGCCGUUAAAGAAUUUACCUAUUUCCUAUACGGUACUCCAGGGGUUUUGGCCAGUCAGUAUCCCUUAGAAGCUAAAAUUAAAUAUCCAAAGGUUGGUACACCUAACCCAGUAGUGCAAACCUACGUUUAUAAUAUAGCAACAGGAAAUACAAUAAGUUUUAAGCUCAUUGAUUCAAUAAAAAAUACAGAAGAAGAUAAUGAUUAUGUACUCUACGAUUUGACAUGGUUAUCCGAAUCAGAAGUUGCCAUAAUAUCUACGAACAGAAUUCAAAAUGAAUCUGUGUUAAUAAGAUGUGACUUGAGUGGAAGUUGUAAUGAGGAAGUAUCCAGAAAACAAAAGAACGGUUGGUUAUUGCCUCAAAUACCAAAGUACAACAAAAACGCUACAAAUAGACUAGAAAUUCUACCACAGGAACAUGAUGGUGAUUACUUUAACCAUUUGGUGUUAGCUGAAUCAAGGACCAAUAUAGCCAAAAGGCUCACUUUUGGAAAUCGAGUAAUCACUCACGUUUAUGGAUGGGAUCAGACUAAUAACUUGGUCUAUUAUGCCUCUUCUGUCAACAACACUCCAUCACAACAACACAUAUCCGUUGUAAAUACUGCGACCUUAGAAGACAAAUGCCUGACUUGCGAAUUUCAAGUCGACGGCGAACUUUGCAAAUAUGCUGGAGCAUCUUUCAGUUCGAACUUCCAGUAUUACGUGAAAGUUUGUCAGGGACCUAAUCCUGCAUAUGUUUUGAUUGAAAAUUUGAAUAACGAGACUGAUGUUUACGUUUGGAAUGACAAUUCACAAAUAAGACAAGCUCUAAGUAAAAAAGCACGACCGGUGAAACGAGAUCUUUUGGUACCAUUAGAUGGUGGUAAUUUCACUGCUCGUGUAAGACUAUGGCUGCCUCCCGAUUUUGAUGAAAAUCGAACAUAUCCCGCUGUAGUUAAUGUAUAUGCUGGACCAAACUCAAAUCAAAUCACCGAUGUUUUUUCAUCUGGUGUCAUGAAUUAUUUUGUCGCUAACAGGUCAUAUAUUUAUAUCUACAUAGAUGGAAGAGGUAGUGGCAGGGAUGGCGAAAAGAAAAUGUUCCAAAUCUACCGGAAAAUGGGAACUGUGGAAAUUGAAGAUCAAAUUGCGGUAACUAAAUAUCUACAAGACAAUUUGUCAUAUAUUGAUCGCCACAGAACUGGAAUAUGGGGAUGGAGUUAUGGUGGGUUCGCUUCAACGUGGACUCUAGUGAAGGACAAAGAAAAUGUGUUCAAAUUUGCUUUGGCUGUGGCACCAGUUACCAGUUUCAUUUAUUAUGACACAAUAUACACCGAAAGAUAUAUGGGGCUUCCAACUGAAGAUGAUAACCUUUAUGGCUACAACAAUACAGAUAUUAAUAGACACGUUGAAGCCUUAAGGGGGAAGUUGUACUUUAUUAUUCAUGGGAAUGCUGAUGAUAAUGUGCAUUAUCAACAAGCAAUGGUAUUAAUUAAAGCGUUGGAAGCUGCUGAUAUUCCAUUUAUGCAACAGAGCUAUCCGGAUGAAAACCAUAGCCUUAAUGGAGUAACCAAGCACUUAUAUCAAACAAUUGACAGAUUUUGGGCAAGAGCAUUUGAAGUUGAAGGACCCCCUUUAAAAGUAUGGUGAAGCAAAAUCAUUUCUGUCUGUGACAAUAUUUUUUUAUUGUACUUCAAAACUAUAAAUACUAUUGAAUACCUAAACACACCAUCCAUCCAGAGCUCCCGGUUCUUCCUAAACAUAUCGCAAAUAAAGCUUCGGUAACUA